AUGGCAGACCACGACACCACGGAGGCUAUUGACGUCAAGGACACGUCCCUCAACAGCUCCGUAUCUUCCAUCGGCCGCACACCUCCGACUGCGCUCAAAUUGGGCUCCAGCCCCAGCCCGGCAUCGUCCCACCGUUCGAGCUUCGCGGAGCACAUGCGAGGAACGCCCACAUCACCACGCGCGUCACGGCAGCCUUCGCUGACACAGCAAGCGCUACAAGACCUCCUCAACAACCCACCAACCAAGGGCGGUGAUCCAAAGUUCCAGGGACGCGAUUGGAAGACUGUCAGACUCGGAGAGAUUGUCGAUCCUGACCUGGUGAGGUUCGUCGAGUACGAUACCAGCGUUGAGGAUGCGACGAGCAUACUAGUCAAACAUGGCGCCCCUAAUGUCGUCCUCCUGCGCGAAGAUGCGAACACACGGCAUGCGACCGGGACCUUCGAUUACAGCGACCUGAAUGCGUACCUCCUCCUCGUAGUCGGCCUCGCGCACCCCGAAGAAGGUGACAUCGCCUCGUUCGACGAGCUUGCACAGAAAGGAAGAGAAGGAAAGCCCAUACCGCUCAAAGACGUAAAAGAAGUUGGUGGCAGGAAGGAGCCGCUGAUUACUCUCGACGAGACAACGGAUCUUUCCAAGGCCAUAGAAGUCUUCGGAAGCGGUGUACAUAGAGUGUUGGUCGCAGAAGAAGGCACAUCGAACGUCAAGGGCAUACUUACCCAGCUAAGACUGGUGCAAUUCUUCUGGGAGAACCGAUCGAGCUUCCCAGGCGUAAACCAGCUGUACCCACAGCUGAUCAAAGACCUGAAUCUUGGAUCCAAGACCGUUCUAGCCAUCAAGUAA